AACGGAAAAAGCCAAUGAAAAGGGCCAACACAUGGGUUUAGGCAGUGAAAGAUAGGAAACCAGGUCUCAUUUCCUCCUCCUUGGCGAUCAGCCCUUGCGGUCUUUCACUGAAAAUAGAAAGUAGUAAUGGAGAAAGGAGGAAAAGGGUUCUCUCUGCCCCCGCAAACAGCACGAAAAUCUUCACUCAAAUCUAACCCUCAAGGUGUAGCAUCGUUGAAAGGGAAGGAUGAUAGCUCAACAAAGUCAAAGAGGGGAAAGAAAGUUCAGUUCAAUUUUGAAGGUUCACCCGAAGCUAAUUUCUCACCAAAAUCUGGUGGGAAGGAUGAAACUACAUUUCCAAAAGGCGAUUCGAGCAAAUGGGGAAAAAGUGACAAGACUUCUACUGGUGGAAAAAAUUCAAUUUCUAAGGAACCACAACCACUGGAGUUCAAAAUUGAGCAGGAACUCCCAGAGAAUGCCAAAUGCAUGAUGGAUUGUGAGGCUGUUGAUAUUUUACAAGGAAUCAAGGAUCAGAUGGUCAUAUUAACAAGAGAUCCAGAAUUUAGACUCCCUGUAUCAUUUGACAAAGGGCUGCAGUACGCCAAAAGGGGUGGCCAUUACACAAAUCCCCAGCUUGUUAGACAAGUUCUUGAGACUCUCACAAAAUAUGGUGUCACUGAUGGCGAGAUAUGCCUGAUUGCCAAUGUUUGUCCAGAAUCUGUUGAUGAAGUUUUUGCUCUGGUCCCAACCUUGAAGCCUAAGAGGACUAAGCUCAGCGAACCCCUCCAAGAUGUCCUAAGUGAGCUAGCUAAGUUAAAAGAGUCUGCUAGCUUAGAAAGUCAAAUGGAAAGGGCACAAGUCGACAUCCCUGAUAAUUAAUGUUGGGCGCCUGGGAGUUGGGGAUGGCACCGUAACGAUGGAGUUAGCUUUGUGCAGACCUUAGAAGACAUGCAGAAGUAGCCGCUGUGUUUUUUGUAACAUGUUGUCGUCCUUGGUGUAUAACUUUCUUUUCUUUGCUUUUCUCCUUUUCAAUUAGAGAUCCUUUCUGAUGUAAUUAUUAUAUUUCCAGUGAGCAGCUUUUAUCCUUGUGAUUAGCUCUUAUAAACUCCCCAACAAGAGAAAAAGAUUGUGUAUUGAUUGUCAGAAAUGUGGUAGAUUUGGUUUGUGUUUUCUGAUCAUAAUUAUGAACAGCUGCAGCGGCAAAUCAAACUUGCUACUUAACUCA